GUGAAGAGCGGUGCAUUCUGGGUAGGACGUCAUCGCGUCCAUAUCUGUAUUUUACUGCUGCUGAAGGAGAGAAACGGGAGUCAUGAAAGGGAUCCGAACUCUAAAUAAAUUAUCCAUACGAUGCUAUGCAGCCAGGAGGAGUGAUGUCCUCACUGAGCCCUUGGCUGGCCUGAAGGCUGGGGCGGCCCUGCCCCCCCAGAGUGUACAGGUGUCCAAGCUGCCCAACGGUCUAGUGAUUGCGUCGUUGGAGAACUACUCUCCCGUGUCCAGUGUGGGUGUGUUUGUUAAAGCAGGCACUCGUUAUGAGACUGUGGAGAACCAGGGAGUCAGUCAUGUCCUGCGGUUGGCAGCGAACCUGACUACUAAGGGAGCGUCUGCGUUCAGGAUCUGUCGUGGUGUGGAGGCAGUGGGGGGUAGUCUGAGCGUAACGUCAUCGAGGGAGACCAUGGUUUACUCUGUGGAGUGUUUGAGAGACCACUUAGACACAGUGAUUGAGUACCUGAUCAACGUGACCAUGACCCCAGAGUUCCGGCCAUGGGAGGUGGACGACCUGACCUCCAGGGUCAAGGUAGACCGGGCCCUGGCCCACCAGUGUUCACAGAUAGGUGUCAUUGAGAAGUUGCAUGAAGCUGCUUACAAAAACGCUCUAUCCAACUCCCUGUACUGUCCUGACUACAUGGUUGGCAAAGUCAGUGGUGAACAGCUGCAGUCCUUUGUCCAGAACAAUUUCACCAGUGCCAGAAUGGCUCUUGUAGGACUAGGUGUGAAUCACUCAGUGCUGAGGCAGGUAGGAGAGCAGUUUCUCAGUGUCCGCAGUGGGGCUGGAGUUGCUGGGGCCAAGGCUGUAUACCGCGGAGGUGAGCUGCGGGUGCAGAACGGGGCCGGUCUGGUCCACUCGCUGAUCGCCAGCGAGGGCGGUGUGACUGGAUCAGCAGAGGCCAAUGCCUUUAGUGUGCUGCAAAGGGUUCUGGGAGCCGGGCCACACGUAAAGAGAGGCUCCAACGUCACCAGCAAACUGAGCCAGGGCAUCGCCAAUGCAACCACACAGCCCUUCGAUGCCACAGCCUUCAAUGCCACAUAUGCUGACUCUGGACUCUUUGGAGUCUACUCCAUCGCCCAAGCUGACUCCGCAGGAGAGGUGAUCAAAGCUGCCAUCGCCCAGGUGACAGGGGUUGCGAAGGGAGGCGUGUCCGAGGAUGAUGUCACCAGAGCAAAGAAGCAGUUGAAAGCAGAGUACCUGAUGUCCAUGGAGAGUUCCGAGGGCCUGCUGGAGGAGAUGGGGGCCCAGGCUCUGUCCAGCGGAGCCUACCAUUCACCAGAGACAGUUACCCAGAGCAUCGACUCUGUCAGCCACGCAGACGUCGUCAACGCUGCGAGAAAGUUUGUGGACGGCAAGAAAUCGAUGGCAGCUAGUGGACACCUCGCCAACACACCCUUCGUGGAUGAAUUGUGAAAAGAAAUAAACCAUAAACAAUGAAACAGUUAUUUAACAUUUUAACCUGGGCAGGUUGUGCCUGGCUGCUUACUCCAGAAAAAGGAACCUGGUUCUGAUAUGAAGCCCAUGACUUCAUCUCACAGCAAACGAUAAUCCUUUGUUAACAAAUCAUGUUAAAGUUUGUUCUGCAAUAAUUGUACACCAGUAUCAGGAAUAAUUAUGCUUUUUGUUGUCAAUUUCUCUGUAUAUUUGAUGUAAAUUCAUUAAAUGGUCUAUCUACA